AAGCCUCCCCUCUAUAACGGAUCCAAGGCAUCGUGGACAGGACUUCGUACCAGUGACAACUGUACAUCAACUGUAUAUCAAAUACUGGAAUCAUCCUAGCUGCCACACUACAACACUUAGGAAUCAUGAGUGAGAGACAAGGAUCCGGAGCCAUGAGUGGAAACAGCAAACCUGCUGGACAAGGAUGCCAAGGUCGUGAAGAAAAUUCAUCUAAACCUAAACAUGACUCUAAGAAGGCUGCUCCUGAGGAGGACUUUGCGGACAUCGACAUGAAGGCUCCGGAGACGGAGAAGGCUGCUGUGGCCAUCCAAUCACAGUUCCGGAAGUUCCAGAGCAAGAAGAAGCAGGAAGUAAAGUCCUAGAGUGGGCAGGACAGAGCCGGGCAGCUCUGUCUCCCAUAGGCCGGGACUGCACCAGUUGGGGGUUUGGUCUUGCAUGUCAAUCAAACCACACCGUUAUGGACUCAACUGAGGGGGAGUUAAGGGGAAGAGGGAAGGCUGGAGGGAAGGGUCAGGGUUCAAGGAUCAAGGGGUCACUGAUAUCUUUGAAAUUAUUAUGUGUAACUUAUUAAUUGAUUGCUGUGUCCAUAAAUGAUGGUUAAGUUCUGGAUAUAUCUUGAUCUUUCCUAUGAUUUUGCUAUUUUCAUUUUUUAUUGAUAGUGUAAUACUACUACACUCUAUAUUUUCCAGUUGCUGUAGCAGUACAAACCCUUAGUUGUCCUCUCAUGUCUCUCUCAUGUCUCUCUCAUGUCUCUCUCAUGUCGUGUAUGCUGCAAUAUACCCAUUUGAACAAUAAAAAGCUGCUUGAUAAGUAGGUUUCCUCGUAAAGCAAUUAAGAAACUGAAACCAGGGUUCUAUCACCCUCAGGCGGAACAUGUAGCCAAAUGUAUUGUGAAGAUUGAUCGUCAGAUUCUGCAUUCUUUUCAACUGUGGCAUCAUAAAUCUAAAGAUUUUUUUUCCUAGUAGGUCUGUUAUUAAGGGUGUUUCCCUCUCGUUGUGGAGAGUGUUUCCAGACAUUCCAGUUUGUCUUGUUUGAUCCCUCCCAGUUAGCGCAGCGCCCAGUGGCUGAUGCAUUUAGAAUUUAAUCAAUGGCUACAAUUUGCUUUCCAAUGUCUCCGGUGUCUCAACUUGCCAACUAAAUCUAGGGCUUGUUCCAUUAUUUACAUGAGAGUUGUGGAUUUCCUUCCUUCCCUUCUUCCCUUUAUCAUCAACGUCAAUGGAAAGUGUUUUAUUUUGUUUGUAUGACUUUGUUUCGACAUUAAUUGUUUUUUAAUGGGUGUUUCGAUUGAAUCCCCAUUGUUUCCUUUUGUUGUUCAAACCCAAAUGAGUGGAAUAUACUGUACAAUAUCAUCAUCCUUCAGUAGAGACACGUUCAAAGAAUACUUAAUAAAUAUCCAAGAGGUAAAA